CAAAGAUAUUGCCAGUUGUUAGGAAACAGCAUUUAUUGCUUUGCACCCUUCUUAUUUGCAAUGCUGCUGCUAUGGAGGCACUUCCCAUUUUUCUUGAUGGUUUGAUUUCGGCUUGGGGUGCUAUACUGAUCUCGGUGACCUUGAUACUUCUGUUUGGUGAGAUUAUUCCACAAUCUGUUUGUUCUCGGCAUGGUUUGGCGAUUGGUGCAGCAGUGGCUCCAUGUGUCCGCGUGCUUGUUUGGAUCUGUUUUCCCGUGGCUUAUCCAAUUAGCAAGCUAUUAGACUUCCUUUUAGGGGACGGACAUGUGGCUCUUUUUCGCAGAGCUGAGUUGAAAACUCUUGUUGAUCUGCAUGGUAAUGAGGCUGGGAAAGGUGGGGAGCUGACACAUGAUGAGACAACAAUCAUUGCUGGAGCACUUGAGCUCACAGCGAAAACAGCUAGGGAUGCCAUGACUCCAAUAUCAGAAACUUUUGCCAUUGACAUUAAUGCCAAGCUGGACAGGGAUUUAAUGAAGUUAAUUUUGGAGAAAGGGCAUAGCAGAGUACCAGUUUUUUAUGAGCAGCCUGUAAACAUAAUAGGACUGAUUCUGGUGAAGAAUCUAUUAACCAUCCAUCCUGCAGAUGAAGUACCUGUCAAGACUGUCACUAUCCGUAAGAUUCCAAAGGUUCCAGAGAACUUGCCUCUAUAUGAUAUCCUGAAUGAGUUUCAGAAAGGUCACAGCCACAUGGCUGUUGUCAUGUGGCACCGUGACAACAUGAUGGAGCAGCCAGCCAGCAAGAGCCCAUCGAAUAAUCCAGCAGCUGAAGUUAGGGUGGACAUCAAUGGCGAAAAGCAUCCUCUAGAGAAAAAGAGGAAAAGACCACUCCAGAAGUGGAAAAGCUUUCCCACUAGUGGAAAUAGUCCAUAUACCCCAAGGAGUAAGAAAUGGACGAGGGAAAUCAAUGCAGAUGUCCUUCAGAUUGAUGACAAUCCACUCCCUAAGCUUAACGAGGAAGAGGAAGCUGUUGGCAUAAUAACAAUGGAAGAUGUCAUUGAAGAGCUCUUACAGGAGGAGAUAUUUGAUGAGACGGACCAUCAUGAUGAUGAUUCAUGACAUUAUUCUUAUGCACUCUGUAUAGUCUCUAUAGUGAGAUAGACUGUUGAGAAAUGGAAAUGACUACGGCUUUCAUUUAUAAGAGAGUGUAGGUUCAAAAUUCAUUCAAAUGAAAUGUUAUUAUAGAUACUUUUAAAUGGAUUUGACGACUGAAGUUAAAUAGAUGUGUUUAUUUACUUAAGAGUUCAGGUAUUUUCCUCUUAUUUUGUAAUCUGGUCAAGAAUUUUCCUUAUCAUAAUGGCAGCCAUAUUUUGCGCA